AUGUCAGGAACGUCACGCUACACUAACAGCCAACCACUUCGCAAUCCCAAGGCCGAGCAAUACAUUCCGAAAUUUCUCUAUGAAGGGUUCGCUGAUCCUUUCGGACGAACAGAUGUCGAGAUAUGUAAUGGAUUCUACGGGACGAGAAGGAAAGUCCGGAUCGGUGUGCUCGGAGCAGGUAUCAUGGGAUUGCAGUUUCUGCACUCAGCCGAGAAGUUGAAAGACGUCGACAUUGUCGUUUAUGAGAUGAACGACGAUGUUGGUGGUGUUUGGCUGACAAGCAAGUAUCCCGGCUGCCGAUGCGACAUUGCCUCCAUGGUCUAUCAAUUCUCAUGGCGGCCGAACAUCUGGUCCCAGAUGUAUGCUCCAGCGGCGGAGAAUCUGGAGUACAUCAAGACGGUCGCCAGAGAGAAUGACUUCUACAAGUCCAUCAAGCUGCGACAUCAGAUCCUUUCAGCUGCUUGGACCGACGAAAAUUGCAAGUGGAUUUUGAGGGUCAAAGAUCUCCAAUCUGGUGUCGAGUUUGAUGAUGUGGUGGACUUCUUUCUGGAGUUUCAUGGUCCUGUCAGCAACCCUCGACUCAAUGAUAUGCCUGGCCUUGAAGAUUUCAAAGGCGAGGUGAUCCAUCCUGCACACUGGAAGGACGAUACCACUGUCAAGGAUAAGCGGGUAGCCUUGGUGGGAUAUGGAUGUAGCGGAGUGCAAAUAGCACCGAACAUCAUCAAUGAUGUGAGCAAGCUAUACACAUGGUUUCGCAACAGGACAUACAUUCUACCGCCCCCAAAUCAAGCCUUCUCGGCCAAUGGGGGUGCAAACUUCAAAUACAGCGACGAGCAGAAGAAGUUAUUACAGGAUUCUGACGUCUACGUAGCGUAUCGAAAGGCGAUAGAAGAUGGAUUCAACAAACGCUACCCAUACCUCAUCAAUGGCGGAGAAACCUCAAAGGAAGUCCACUCGUUGGUUGUGAAAUACAUGAAAGAGAAGUUGGCUUCUAGACCUGACCUAUUCGACGCAAUCAUUCCGCACGACUUCGUUCUCGGUUGCAGAAGACAGACAUUCUCCUAUGGAUACCUUGAAGCCAUCAGCCACCCCAAGACUACCGUCUUCCUGAAACCUCCCCAGCGGUUCACGGAGCACGGAAUACUAGAUGCAGAUGGCAAUGAGCAUCCACUUGAUAUGGUGAUCGCAGCAACGGGCUACGAUCAGUCACACAUGCCGCGCUUCCCUCGAUCCGUCAACGGCGAAGACAUCGCAACAAAGUACAAGAACCUCCUCUCACCGCCUGUUUACAUGGCCUGCAUGCAAAAAGGCAUGCCGAAUUACUUCAAUCCAGCAUCCGCUUUUGGACCAUUACCACAAGGCAAUUUCUAUCAGUCUUCUGAGGCUUUCACGGAAUACAUCGUCAAAGUGAUCGAUAAGAUGCAGCUUGAUCAUAUUAGCAGCGUCAAACCCAAAGAUGUCGCAGUCGACCACUUCGUCCGCCACGCCAACGCCUGGAUGAAGCGAACAGCAAUCACUGGGCCCUGCGUGGCGUGGUUUAAGGGCAACGACGGGAAAUCGAAGCCACCCUCACUCUGGCCGGGUGAUAGGAGCCAGUUCCUGAAGAUCAUGCAGACGCCCCGGUUUGAGGAUUUUGACCUACGAUAUGAGGACGAAGAGGACAUGUUCGGGUAUUUUGGCAAUGGAUGGGACUUGGAGACGCAUGGUGAGGAGGAAGGGGACCGGACUUGGUAUAUGGGAACUCCGAGUAGGGAGGUUGGACAGGAUGUGAUUGAGAAGCUGAAGGGCACUGAUUCGAGUGUUGGCGAGGAUGGGGUGGAGGUUCUCGUGAGCAAUUGA